UCCAUCCUUCUGUCUUCUUGUAUUAGUCAAACCGUGUUGCAUAAGCUCUACUUUCACUUUCGUUUUGUGUUGUCGAAAUGUUGUGCUCGUGGAGUAGUUCCUAUCUCAGAUAUAAACUAGUGGAAAGGUCAUGUAGUCAUAAUUUUCAAAGAUUACUUGAUCGGCCAUUGUCUUCCCAUUCCCAGCCAAAGAAAACAAAAUGGAUGGACCAAUUAAAACAAGAGUAUAAAGAGAAAAGAAAUAGACAGAACUUGAUAAAAUCGAUAUGUGGAAGUGCCUUAGUCUUUGUAACUUACAUGUAUUUCAAAGAUGAAAAUGACCUUGAUAUUAAAGCUAACAUCGAUUCAUUAAAAUUACAAGAACAGAAAUGCUGUGAUGCAGUAGAGGGCAGAAUACCAUUAGGAGAAGGAAUGUCGCUUGAACAAGCAAAAAAAGAUCUGGAAAGACUAAGACAAAAUAUUAAAGAGGAAUCAGAAAAGCUGGAGGGACUGUAGUCUUUACAGGCUAUAAUACUCGUAGAAAAUUAUGUACAAAUGGAGUGAACAUGAAUACUAAAUUAUGUAGUACCUGUAGUAUAGACGUGUGAAGACUUGUUUGUUAUCUUUGGAUCAAUGUAAUUUGAUGAAAAUACCUGAAAAUCAAUUCCAUUUUGAUAUUCUCAAUAAGAGUAAAAAUUUGUAUAGCAUCAAA